AAUUUUUCCCUAUAUCAGAAAAAGGGUAAAAUAGGAUGCACCUACCAAAAUGUAUAAAAGGAGGGGAGGAAGACCUAUGAGACAACAUUUGCUGGAGUGAAGGCAGUGUCUGGAAGCAUUCAGCUGAAAAUAAAGAUAAACAUGAAGAAGUGUCUUUAUUGCAAAGAGGUUUUUCCAACUCCUCUUGAACUUCUCUACCACGAAGAAGAUGAUCAUGGAGCAGUGGUACCUCAACAUUGCAAUGUGUGCCACAAACACUUUGCCAGCAGAUCAGCUUGCAUGCGUCAUCAACAAAAGAAACACGAAACAAAGAAUUUGGGAAGCUUUUUGAAUGAACGUUAUGGAACAAUUGCAAUCGAACCUUCUUCCCGCAAAGUUGCUCGUUAUGAAGUGGAGAGAGUGUUUGAAGCAGUUAAACAGUGUCUUGGCGAUGGUAUAUUUUCCAAGAACUUUAGAAAGUCAGGUAGUUAUUCAACAGACACCAAAGUACUCAAUGCAGAUGAAUUUGAUUUUGACAUCCCGUUAAUAUUUUCCCUGGAGGAGCUGCAUUUGAAUCGUGAAGGGAAUAGAGUGUAUUAUGACUUUACUCAAAGACAAAAGACCUUAAACUUGAACGUUCCCAUGCGUGUUGUGACCACGCGAAGUUGGGAUGGAAUCCCCCAGGGAUAUGUGGAAGUUAAAACAACAUCAGGAAAAACUAUUGUGCCUAGAAAAAUCCAAGAAGAACUGUAUCGGCACUUGAAGUGUGCUCAAGCUAGAAUGCAAGAUACAAUUGAUGUCCGUAAUGAAGCCAAAGGUCCAGCGCUUCCCAUCACUAUCAAAAGGAAACAUUUUCCAACAAUUACUGUAGAUCUAUGUGCAUCAAUUGCCAUCAACCAAAUUACACUUAGCGACUAUAAGUGGCCAAGGCCUGAAACAAAAGUUGUUUUACCACGAUUCCUGAUAAAAUCUAUCUAUGAUGCUGGUUUACAUUUAAUACCAAAAGAUGUAAAGUUUUGGUAUAUAUCAGUUUCCAGAGCAGGCCAAGCACUGAUGAAUGGAAUUGAUGAUAACGACCAUGGUUGCAGAAAAAUGUGUCACAAGUUGUUAAAAGCUGAUUUUCAGACAUGGCUUGGCCGGUCCGGAAAUAACUUGCCGGGUAUAUCCAGCAUGAUAUUCAAGCACCAACUGUUUUGGAUGAACGAAGAAAAUCCUAGCUUAAAUUGGUCAAAAUCUCAGAUGCCAGCAAGAUAUCUUGACAUGCUGAAUGACUUGAUUGAGCGACUAAGAAGCGGAAAGCUUUACAAUUAUUUUAUGGAUUACGAGAACAUCUUGCAAAACAAAGAUCAACAAGUGCUAAACCAAGUAGCCAAUAACGCUGCAGCCAGAAAGCAAGAACUUUUGGCAAUGGGAUAAGAUGCUGAAAUUGAAAAAACUGCCAGUUUAAAACUUUCAAAAUUUUUUUUAAUAAUAUUAGAUUUUGAAUAGUUGUUUCCCAAAAGAAAGAAAUAAAUAAAUAAAUAAACAAAUACAAGAAGCUACCAGUAACCAAAGUUUUACCUAACUUCUCCAUACUACUUUAGAAUUCUUCGAUGAGGAAAAGACUUUUUUUCUUUAUAUUAUACUUUUCAUUUUUGGCGUUCCAGGACUCAAUGCUUCAGAGAUAAAAAUUUGAUAAAAAUCUUUCGUCAAUAUAACUCGAUCCAAUGUUUUUUGCUUUAUUUUAUAAUUUUUUCUUCUAAAGUCAAUAACUCCAGAAGUUUUCCUUACAUCUGUAAUCGUACACGGUAAAAGGCAGCUACUUGUGAGUGUGAGUGUGAGUGUGAUGUAAAUAAUUUUGACUAAACGAUAGUACAAAGAAAUUUUAAAAUAUCAUUAAGGAAAAUUUAUGCUGCCUUUGUUUUCAACAAGUAUAUUGCAAUCUAGAAGCGUUUUUUGCUUUUUAAGAAGACAAUUCAAAGGUGUUAAGUUUACAGAAAUUGAAUUUGCUUUUUGCUUUGCUGAAUUCCAGAUUUCAUUGGAGCAGAAAAUUAAAAUUUUACAUGAAUGUGCGUUUUUUAUUUAUUAUUUUGAUUCAAACUGGAUAGGUUUUUUUAAAAAAAUGAAAAAUAAUAUGCAGCGAAGUACAUUGAAUUCGACAUACAACUUGUUUAACGCA